AUCUGUGAUUACUGCCUGUCGCCCUCUAUCAUAAUCUCUUGCAAACCACAAAGCAUCCGCGAUGUUUAUAAUUUGUGAGUCAUAGCUUCACUGAAAACUGUAAUAAUAUCUAGCAUUAAUAAUAUUGGUUAAAGCUACCGGAUAUCAGAGCGAGGCUCAGACCCAAAACAGCUUACAGUUUUGAAACGCGAGUGUACUCGCGUAUAUUGAUUUUCACGUAUAUGAGUGAUUCAGAAGAUAGUUCUAACGAGCAUACGGCACUGAUGAGCUCAUCUGUUGAUAAUAGCACCGAUGGGGUUGUAAGAAGAGCGCCAUAUGUUGCAGAGGGAAGUGUUCCAUCACCGCAGAAUAACCCAGAAACAGAUGAAGUGCCACGCCGAACCCAGAAUGAGGGCGACGAUGAUGAUGAUGACAUGUUACUCAAGUACGGGGCCAAGCAUGUCAUCAUGCUAUUUGCCCCUGUCUCCUUGUGCAUGCUGGUUGUAGUAGUAACCAUUUCAACAGUUGAAUUUUACUCGCAGAGUGGAGGCCAGUACCUGGUGUAUACUCCUUUCCAUGAGGAUGAGGGCGGUGCAGGCACCAAGGCAUGGAACGCAGUGGCCAACGCUAUUAUCGUGGUUGGGGUGGUACUUCUGAUGACCGUAUUCCUUGUUGCCCUUUAUAAAUAUCGAUGCUAUAAAGUUAUACAUGGAUGGUUAAUCACAGCGUCCCUGCUGUUCCUAUUUUUGUUUGCAUACAUCUAUUUAACAGAGGUGUUGCUGACAUACAACGUGCCAAUGGAUUACAUUACGACUGCAAUCAUUAUGUGGAACUUUGGCGUUGUCGGGAUGUUUUGCAUCCAUUGGAAGGGACCAUUGCUCCUACAGCAGGCCUACCUGAUUAUCAUCUCAGCUCUCAUGGCCCUAGUCUUCAUCAAGUAUCUACCUGAAUGGACACUUUGGACUAUUCUUGCUGCUAUAGCCAUAUAUGAUCUGGCUGCAGUUCUAUGUCCUAGGGGACCAUUGAAGGUUCUUGUUGAAACAGCUCAAGAAAGGGAUGAACCAAUCUUUCCAGCCCUUAUUUAUUCUUCUACAAUGAUAUGGCUGGUAGGAAUGGCCGAUGUUGACCCUGCUGAUAAGAAUAAGAAGACCAACGCUAAUGUGGACGCUUCCGAAGCGGAAGAUAAAGAUAUUAACCUUAUAGGCAACAUGGACACAAAUGAGGAAGAGGAAGAGAAUGAUGGGGGAUUUGACGAUGAAUGGCAAGACAGGCAGAACGCUGAGCUUAGUAACAGCAGGGGAUCUACAAACUCUGAGGAUGCUAGGGCGGCAGUUAAUGCCCUACGUCAAACAUCUGAUCAGGAACAGCAGACAUCUAACCCACAUUUGGAUGAUGAAGAAGAAAGAGGUGUGAAGCUUGGUUUGGGAGAUUUCAUUUUCUACAGUGUGUUAGUAGGAAAAGCAUCGGUUACUGGUGACUGGACCACAACCAUCGCUUGCUUUGUCGCUAUUCUUAUUGGUUUAUGUCUGACUCUGAUUUUGCUGGCCAUUUUCAAGAAGGCUUUGCCUGCCCUUCCAAUAUCCAUCACCUUUGGACUUAUUUUCUACUUUUCAACAAGUUAUAUAGUAUUUCCAUUCACAGACAGCUUUGCAUCAGAACAAGUGUUCAUAUGAUAGUUUCCACCUUCUGUGUUUAUUGUUCGGUUGCAAGAAAGAUAUUAAUUAUAAGUUGGAUAUAGGACUUAUUUAUGCUCAAAUGUAUAAAUAAAUUGCAUUUCUCUGUAUUGGUUGGUACCAGAUAUAUUUUCUAAUUUUUAACACAUUUUACAAGUAUAAAAUACAGCAAGCUUGAUAUUAGUGGAAAAAUAAUGCAUAUUUGUAAGGUAUACCUCCUGAUCUUAAUUUCAAUACUUAGAUUGAGUAUCUUUGUACUUUUGGGGAUGGAAUAGUACUCUGCUAAUAAGAGAUUUUGAUCAGCGCGACAACGUAACCUUAGAACGAAUUCACUAAUAGGUGAUUGUCCUACAUUCUCUGCGCAACAUAGAUUUGUGCCAAACUGCAUCCUAGAAUCCAGACCCAACGUCCUCACAUAUGUAGAUGACUUUGUAGUGACGUCAUUACGUUCUAUAUCCUACAGUCAUUGUGCAAAUCAAAAGCUGCCUAAUCUUGGCCUAACAAAUGUAGGGUAAAUUGAGUUCCACUGAAAAUUUGUAGUACACUUAAUAAUUACAGUAGUGUGUUUAAUUUCAUAUGCAUUAUUUUUCCACUUUAGGUGACUAGAAAGAAGAUGUAGUUUAUAGUCCCCCAUUAACAUUAUGUACUAAAGUGCCAACUCCAAUGUAAUAGAUUUUUGAAAAUAGCUUUUAUACUCCAGUAGUUGGUCAUCUAAGUGCACAACUACUGUAUAAACUUCUGAUUGAAAAACUAUAGCAUAAAUGUGGACAAGACGAAAUUUGAACCUAUCUUUACCAUAUGAACAGGUGGGGCUGCCACUUACUGGCCCUUUAAAUGAAAGUUUCUAAACAGGCAGAUUUAUUUAUUUUAUUUGUAGAUUGAGUGGUCUGUAAAUAUGAAAAAAAUAUUGUGACUCUCUAGACCUGGUCUUUCCUAAUUCUGAUCACAGAUCUUAGUACUGUGCUGCAUAAGUGGGCUGUACACUCCAUGCCGACUUCGGUGGUAAAACCACUUAAGUUUGAAUGCUAAGUUUACCUGUUGGAUACAUCUGUUGGAUGUGGAUUAAUAAAAGAUAUACAGUACUGUCUGUUACAUUUAUUUUGAUUCUUUUCCAUUAUUUUAUUUUAAUUACUUACUAGCAUUUAUAUUGUGCCAAAUUGCACAACAAAAUGUUUGUUCUCUUGUAUUAUAUACAGCUUUGCUAACAUUGUUGUAUUGCAUUUUUUUGCAUUUUUUUUAAAUGUAGACUUCAAAAAUACAGUAAUGAGACUUCACUUCAGUUUGUUAUAUUUAUUGACAAAACGAUCGAUGGUUAAGAAUGCACUUGUUUAACAAGAACAAGGCAACAGUUCUUGUUUAUAUAAUAAAUAUUAUUGUACAAGAUAAA